CAACAGCAACAGCAACAGCAACAGCAACAGCAACAACAAGGCCAAGCUCAAAGGGAGGCGUCGGAGCCAAUUUCGGUGAUGAACGAGCCCAUCACUCCCGAGGCCAGUUUCGGCAGCCCUCCGCUCAUGGCGGCGAACCCCACGAGCAGUAGCGCGAGUUACUAUCCCAGCCCUGAGGAUCACGCCAUGAGCUUUGCCAGUGUCCAUCACCACGCCGGGUAUCAUCAGCCUCAAGUCUACCAGGGCGAGUCCCGGUAUGGCCAUCACAACGGCUGGGAACAUGCCCAGGGCGUGGCGGUUCCAGCUACGGGAAUGAUGUAUGGGCAUUAUGCAUAG